GCAGCUUCUGCGGUUCGGCUCCCCUCGGCGAUCCCGGGCCUGGCGAGGAUCUGCCUGGGUUCUCCCGCUCCUCUAGGCUGCUGACGCCCGCCCGCCGCCAUGGCAGAAUUGGGCCUAAAUGAGCAUCAUCAAAAUGAAGUUAUUAAUUAUAUGCGUUUUGCUCGUUCAAAGAGAGGCUUGAGACUCAAAACUGUAGAUUCCUGCUUCCAAGACCUCAAGGAGAGCAGGCUGGUGGAGGAGACCUUCACCGUAGACGAAGUCUUGGAAGUCCUGAACGGAUUGCAGGCUGUGGUCCAUGGUGAGGUGGAGUCCGAGCUCAUCAACACGGCCUAUACCAAUGUGUUACUCCUGCGGCAGCUUUUCUCGCAGGCUGAGAAGUGGUACCUCAAGCUACAAACAGAUAUCUCUGAACUUGAAAACAGAGAAUUAUUAGAACAAGUUGCAGAAUUUGAAAAAGCAGAAUUUACAUCUUCAAAUAAAAAGCCCAUCAUAGAUACCAUAAAGCCAAAACUUGCUCCACUUAAUGAAGGUGGAACAGCAGAACUCCUAAACAAGGAAAUUUUAAGACUUCAAGAAGAGAAUGAGAAAUUGAAGUCAAGGCUGAAGACCAUUGAAAUACAGGCAACAAAUGCAUUGGAUGAGAAGUCAAAACUAGAAAGAGCACUGCAAGAUUUACAGCUUUAUCAAGGAAAUCAAAAGCCCCUGCCACUCCCUGAGAGAGUUGCCACUGUCCUGCCUCCGGACAUCCUGCCCAGGAAAGGCCAGGAUUUUAUAAAGGUCCAAGACUUGAGUGACUUGGAAAACACUGUUGCUGCUUUGAAGAGUGAGUUUGAGAAGACACUUAAUGACAAGACAGAAAACCAGAAGUCCUUGGAGGAGGAUCUAGUGACAGCCAAGCACGACCUACUCAGAGUUCAGGAGCAGCUAAGCCUGGCUGAGAAGGAGUUAGAGAAGAAAUUCCAACAAACAGCAGCUUAUCGAAACAUGAAAGAGAUUCUUACUAGGAAGAAUGACCAAAUCAAAGACCUGAGGAGAAGACUGGCAAAAUAUGAAUCUGAAGAUUAGAAAUUGAAGAAGAUUCAUCUGGAAGCUGCCACAACAUGAAAGGACAAGCCACUCUCGCCUCAGGCAUGUAUUCUGAAGCAGUCUGUUAAGAAUCCCUCUCUUUAUUGUUCUAAUGUUUAAACUUUGCUUCUAAUAUUUAGAACUAGAGUUCCUGUUUCAGUUACUUAACUGAGAAAAGAGAAAGCCUACGGACUGAUUCUGGCCAAUCGUCCCACACUCCUUUCUGCAGAGGGCUCCAGUGUCUCAGUUCAAAUGCAGUGAGAAUUCUUUAUAAUGAAGAAGCAAGUUUUAGAGUGCAAAGAAGAGUCUUACUCUUUUGCAUUAGUAUAAAGAGUAUACCUUUUUAGUAAGUGUAAAAGCUGGCCUUGUCCAUACUUGUGCAUUCCCCAGGGUAAAAAUAAAUAAAUGUAGUUCUUAAAGAUAGUUACUACAAAUCUUAUUUUUAAAACUGAAAUCUAAUUCAUUUUCUCUACUUGAUCAUCAAAAAAAAUAUGAAUUCAUUGAAAAUAUCAAUACUGUCUAUUAUAGGCAGCAUUUUUACCAGUUAUAAUGAAAAUUAACAGUGAACAUGAGGAUUCAGUUAACUUCUUUGGUUUCUUUAGCUAAAUGCUAUGUUUAUGAGAAGAGAUUCAGGCACUUUUUGCAGCACAACUUGUCAUGAGUCUGUAUUACUGAUGGAGAAGUCAGAUCCAUCCUGUACUUCUAUAGUUGAGAAGGUAUCUAGGCUCAGAAUAAGUGUAAUCUAUACUUCAGUUUCUAGAAUAUUCUUUUAGAUUACAUGUUAAACAAGAAAACUUUUAAAAAGACUUAUAUUCAACGUAAAAUCAGUUACCGGAUCGCCGAAUCAACUUUCGAGUAUAGUUUAUUUAUUUAUAUGCAUCUACAGUAACUGCUUUUUCGAGAGGUUUUGAUUAUAUUUCCAUUGGUCCUGCUUUUUCUUGAGUGAUUUUGGAUAAAUCAUUAGAAAUUAGGGAUCACAUCUGCAGUUGUGUAAUGCAACUGUAUACUCUAAAGGUAAAUAAAAUAAUGUUCAUAAAGCUGUAAUGCCUCAGAAGGAAAGUACUUACUUUUAACACAUUGUUGGAAGUAAUUAUUCCCAUUUCCAAAAGCAGAGUGUCACACCCUAAAUGAAUGCUGUCUAAUAAGAGAAGAUUUUAUUCACCAAGAAGAGUUUACUGAUCAGAGGAUAAAGCUCAUUUACUUUUAUUCAAGUUUUUAAUACUCGAAUUUGUUAUUUUUCUUGUAGACUUCAUGUUAAAAUAUUGAAGGAACAAAUUGAUAAAGGGUAAGAUAAUUUCCCCCCAAAAGGACACAGAAGGCAGUCUUAAAAAGAUGAAUGAAUCAGAGGAGGGAGGGAAAAAUCUAAUAACAAGCCAGCACUUGCUGCGUAUUUUUUCCUCCUCUGUGUCACUAUUCAGGUCACUCAUCAGUUUCUGUGUCCUUUUAGAGCUUUCGCUGGGGGUUCCAGUCUCACCCUUUAUUUCUUUAGCCCAAAAUUGAUACUCUCUCCAAAAAUCUAUUCCAUUAUUUAUGGACCAGCAUAUUCUAUAUAAUUCUGAGUCAGAACUCUUGAUUAAAUGGCUAGUGUCCCCUUCAGAAACCAUUUAAUUAUUUCCUCCCUACACCUUUCUUUAUUUGAUGCCUGUAGGGAAGGAACAUAUGCUGAGAAACCUAUAUUGCCAGGUAGAAUUUCAACUUGCUUUUUGGUAGCAACUUUGAAAUAUUCUGUAUAGUGUGUUUCAGUUCAAUAAUAAAUUCAAAAGUAUUUCUGAUACCUUAAAACCUAACUGUGCCCUACAUUAAGAUAAACAAAUACAAUAUUCCUUACAUAAAUCCACAUGAUUCUUUCACAUAUAUAUACUUUCUGUGCUUUGGCUUUGUCACUGUUUUGUGUGCAUGUGUGUUUUAACUCAUGCCCUUAGCAAAAUGCAACUUUAAAUUUUUAUUUUUGAAUAUUUCCCUAGUUUUAGGAUUUAUCUCAUUUAACUAAGAAAGAAAUCCUUUUUAAUCUAUAUAUUUUUGGUUUCUAAGAAUGUUGGCCCAAGCCCCAAUUGAACUUUCAGUGUGCUAAGCUGUGUAGACUGUGCA